AUGGCUUGGGCAUCCAUACUGCCCUCUCCAAUGGUCCUUCCCUGGCCAAAGAUCAGUUACACAAUAUUGGCUGCCACGCGAUCAAUGGCCGAUCUCGUUCGACCAUAUGCGAUUCAGAUCUUGGCCUUAAAGCCCUGGAAAGGGACAAGGCACGUCAAGGCGUUGCACGUUGGUCGGGUACUUGCAAGUUAUAACGCUGUCUGA